AUGAGUAAACAAUCUUCCUAUUUAGAUCAAAAGGGAACUCACGAUGUUCCCAGAUACCGAUCAAAAUCAAAAAAACGAAAAUUUACUGGAAACCAACAUACAUUUGAGCAAUCUACGGCAAAUACAAGUACGUCCGCAGAGAAACUAUUGCAUAAUAAUGAUGAGAAUAUUGUGAUUGACCCAUCCCAUGGAUAUUGUAUUCUACAGUUUGUCUCAGUUUUUAGUGCAAUCAGCAAUUUAGUGAUGUGCAAAACUUGUCACAAGGAAAUUACGUUUAAUCAAGCAAGUCCAAGAGGCCUGGGAUUUAAAAUAGCUGUCAUUUGUGAAUGUGAAAAAGACCUUACAUCAAAAGAAGAAAAAUCAGAGACAAAUUUGACUAUUAGCGGGGACAGUACCUGGAAAAAACGUGGUCUUACUUCCCGUUUUGGAAUAGUUACGCUGGCAGGAAAGUACAGCAAAGAAAUUCUUGACUCAUGUGUGAAGUCUACUUACUGCCAGAGUUGUAUAUUUAAUGUAAUGGGAAUAAAAGUUGGACCUGCAGCUUGCCUAUAA